AAACUUCACACAGGCAAUGAUAGGGUUGGGAGACAAUAGGGCCAAACAGUGUUCCUCCAUGGAGAGAGGUAGUAAAAGUUAUAAUAAGUGUAUGUGAGUUAAACCAUAGCUCAAGUCAGGAGAAGAAAUAUUCUCUCGAUAAUCAUCUUGAAAGUCAGGUCAGAUGGCCUUCUUUCUGUUUCUCUGCAGUUAGCCUGAAUUGCUGAUAAGAUAAGGAGUGAGUUUAUUUGUCCCAGAAGGUGACUGACUAUUCAGUGCUUCGAUCUCUUUUCUUUGGCAGAAGUGUCAAGCCUCUAGGACCCAGAAGAGCGCCCGAUGCGCCUUUUUUUUUGUUGGAGAGGAGAGUGCGCAUUUUGUCCGAAGAGCUCUGCCUCAUCUAGGCGGUUGAAAUUGUGACAGCAGCAAAAACAUUCGGCAGGGAUGGCAACUUGGAGAACCGCCGGCGAGAGGAGUUUGCAAGAAAGACGUUAACUUGAGGCUCCGCUUUUGGAUAUUGUCUUGUCGUUUUUAAGAUCACAUCCAGCAAGUGCCAAAGUUUGGCUAAGUUUUUCGCUCUCUAAGUGCUAGUGGGUGGCAGAUGAGCGCACGGCGUGCACUGAUUUUCUCUGCUCAUGCUCGUUGUGGGUAAGAUUUGCUCCGCUCUGGAUUACAAUGCUGUGUUCACACUCUUUUAAAGACAUGUAAUGCCUCUUUUUUCGAUUUGAUUUUAAACUUCCAUGUAAGGAAGAAUUGAUUUUUCUGUGAAUGAACACAACAAUUGUUUACGCUUCAUCAUCUGGCAAAGUUAAACGCGGAAAGCUGUCUGCCCUAAAAUCAUCAUCGUGAUACACAUUCUGUCCAGGAAACGGCAAAAAGCAAGCGGACAACAUGUGUGCACAGCUGUGGUGAUAUUGCCUGAUUCCAGGGAAAUUACAGCGCAACAAUAAGAACAAGAUCAAGUUUGCCAUCAGCGCACUUAAAGAAGUUAAUGUGGCAUGCCAGGCUUUCUUCGUCUUCAUGUUUCAAGGGUGAUACGCCUUUGCCGACGCCUGUGAUUGUUUCUGCGCCCUGUGUCAAAUGUCAACCAGAGCCGACACGUCUCGGAUCGGAUCGGCACGGCACGGCUCGCUCCGCUGCGCCUUCUCUAGAUAUGGUGCCGACUUGUGCUACAAUGCCGGGAUGUGCUGAGCCGCCGCGAAUCUCAGAAUGGCCCGCGAGGACUCGUUGAAGUGCCUGCGCUCCCUCCUCUACGCUCUCAAUUUACUCUUCUGGUUGAUGUCAGUCUGCGUUUUGGGUGUUUCUGCUUGGAUGAGGGAUUACCUCAACAAUGUCAUCAUUUUAACUGCUGACACCAGGCUGGAAGAAGCAGUUCUUCGGACAUAUUCCCCGGUGAUUCAUCCAGUGAUGAUUACUGUGUGCUGUUUUCUAAUCAUUGUGGGAAUGCUUGGUUAUUGUGGUACUGUGAAAGGAAAUCCUCUGCUUCUGUCAUGGUAUUUUGGGAGUUUGUUGGUUAUAUUCUGUGUGGAAUUGGCCAGUGGUGUUUGGACUUACGAACCAGAUAAUGUGGUCCCUGUACAAAGGUCUGAUAUGAUUAGUUUAAAGUCUCGAAUGCACAGCUAUGGCUUACCCCGCUACCAGUGGUUAACACAUGCGUGGAACUUUUUUCAGAAGGAGUUCAAGUGCUGUGGAGUUUUAUACUUCACAGACUGGCUGGAAAUGACAGAGAUGGAGUGGCCCCCUGACUCAUGCUGCAUGAAGGAAUUCCCUGGGUGUGCCAGACAGGCGCACCUUGAGGACCUCAGUGACCUCUAUCAAGAGGGAUGUGGGCCUAAAAUGUUCAGCUUCAUAAGAGGAACAAAGCAAGUCCAAGUCCUGCGUUUCCUGGGCAUCUCGAUAGGUGUCUCUCAAAUCCUUGCUAUGAUUCUCACGGUGACUUUGCUUUGGGCUCUUUAUUAUGAUAGAAGAGCUCAACAAAUGGAGCAGAUUAUGCCAUUCAGUAGUGAUGCUUCUCAACACCUGCCCUGCCAUUCAACAGAACUGCUUAAACCCAGCCUAUCAAGAACCUUUGAACACGGGAUGGCUCCUAACAACUUCAGCACCCAGUUUGAAAUGCAGCAGCUUUCAUAAUGCAAAAACAACUAACGUUGUGUAUUUUACAUUUGCAAAAAUGCAAGGUUAUCCGUGAAGGUUAGUAAACCUGAUGACAUUUCUGCUCUCGGAGUUAUGUUUUAAUAUUGCAACCAUCUGGUGAUGCAAGUUCUGUUCUGGUAAUUGCACCCUUAUUUAAAAACAAAUGAAGAAACACUAAUUAGAAACAACAAAAUGAUUAAUUUUUAUGCUUGUACCCAUACAUAAUGAUUAUCAUAUGUCCUUUUUGUAAAUAAUCCUAGGUGUCUAAUAGCUUUUUUAACCUUUUAAAGUUCUAGUAUUUAUUUAAGCUGUGGUUUUAAGUUUUAAAAAUGUGUGUAUAGUUAUCAUAUUGCAUAAUUAUUUUGCGGUUAUAACAGGCAGCACAUUGAUGUGAGUGCUACUGUAUCCAUCUGACAUUUCUUGGACUGCAUUGCCAGCUAGACUCUCUGCUAUGAAGACUUUGCAUGUUCUCUCUUUGUUCUGAUGGAUUUUUUCCAUCUGUCUAAAUCAUGCUGGUUAGGGGAUGUUGAGUGUGAAUGUGUGGGUCCUGAAUUUGAGUAGCAUCCAGUUCCAGGUGAUCUCCUGCCUUAUCAAGUCUUUUUUCAAUUAGCGAUUAAACGCAGCUUAAAGAAAACAAAAGAAUAUACAUCAUGGCAAUAACUGUGUUAGGUUUGGCUGCUUCUGUAAUUAAAAUAUCAAUUGUGUUACUAGUAUUGGUGAUUGUUAGAACUAGCCAGAGCCUGGUUAUUUAUUUGGCCAAUUACUUUAAAUAUAAAGUGAUAUUUCACACAAAACAAGGACAAUCACCCGGUAUCUCUUUUUUCAAACUGAAGCAGCAUAUGUAUGUACAUUCACAACAACAGGCUGGCAUUUUCAUUCUGAUGUGUUCCUACCUCAUGCCCUUUGUUCUUGAGAUGAGCUCCAGCUUUCUGUGGAUACAAACAGGAUUUAAGAGGAUCACAAAGUGAAUGAAGGAGAUGCUGACAAUCACUGUAUACAGUUCUGUUUGUAUCUCAUUUUAGUGAGCUAGGUUUGGUCACAAGGUUCUGGCACCUCAUAAAAUUACAUUGUUCUUUAUUUCCUGUAUGAGAUUUGCAUAAAUCAUCAAUUAAAAAAACACUGUUUUGCUGGAACAUUAAUUUAAUAUUAAUUUUAAUUUUACAUAAUGGAAAAUGAAAGGAAGCACUUGAAACAUUUCUUUGUAUCAUGUGGUGUUCCUGUGCCAUAUUUCUUUUCCAAUAAAUAUCUUACAAAUGCAAGGACUAAUGCUACCUUAGUAAACAAUCACAACAGGAAAGCAAGAGAAAAAUUAUUUAAAUAUCUUUAUUUUGUAUUUAUUUUUUGAAUGUACUGUAAGUUUCAUUUAAAAUAUAUUUUAUUGUUUUGAGGGGUAUUUUGGUAUGAGAAAUUCAUGUUGUGUACUUUUGAUUGUAUUUUCUAAUAAGGAUUGUUUUAAACAUUGUAUAAUUAUAAUGUUAAAAAAUUUAAUGAUUACAUUUAAGGCAAUUAAAUAUUGUGAAAAUCAUCAAAGAUAUAUUUUUCUUUAUGCAUAUUGGUAUCAAGGGACAGAAUUGUUUUUAAUUUUUUUUAUGUCUUAGCUACUUUUAAUGUAAUGAAAAUUAUACCAGCAUAUAAGGGUUCAUGUUUUAAAUGCAAGAUCAAAACAUUUGCAUCCCAUAAUUUGUUCUCCUCUUCUCAGGGUGCAGUGAACUCAGUACUGAGUCACAAAUGAAAAACAAAUGUCUUAGGUGUAAAUAAGCUGAAUGAGAAUGUUUGUUGCGUUCUUACUUUGACAGUACCUUAUUUUAUCAAAGUAAAUAUUUAAUCAUCAUGUGACAUAAUCUUGACUAUUAAAUACUUUUUAAAAAUGUAAAUAAAUAUAAUUUGCUAAUUA